AUGGCCGACACGAGCGCUUCAGAUACAACGCCCGCCGCAAAGCGCCGCAGAGUGGACGGCGUAGACGACUCAUCGCCAUCAGCAACGGGACCUUCUGAGAAGUACAAGGAUAUGUGGCUAGAAGACGGAAACGUCAUUAUACAAUGCCCUCAAGGCGCCUUCCGCGUUCAUCGCUCCCUACUCGCGACACAGUCCGAAGUCUUCCGCGACAUGUUCACGCUUCCUAUACCGGAGUCAGGGGCGGGCGACGCGGUACCCACUGUCCAGCUGAGCGAUGACACGGAUCAGAUGUACAUGUUCUUACGCUGUCUCAUACUCCACGAGUAUCCUUCCAAAACGGCCCCGUCGAAGCAAUAUAUGAAUCAGAUACUCGAUAUGCUCGAGCUCAGCCGCAAAUACGUCGUUCCUGUCAUGCGCACCGCCUGUGUCAACAUACUCAAAGAACUAUUCCCUGACACGCUUCAAGGCUAUCAACUCACGAUACAAAGGCGGCGAGAUCUGGUGACGUUCCAAGCCAGUCUUCGUUGCGUUGUGGUGGCUACCACUUACGGCCUUCCGACGCUCCUCCCCUCGUGCUACCUCUACAUUGCCGGAGAAUACUAUGAAGAGAUGAUGUAUCUCAAGAAGGCCUCAACAUGGCCAGCGGACAUACCUCUCACUUACUAUGCGACUAUCGUUCGCAGCAUGACCGCACUCUCCCAUCUCAAACAGGAGAUGAUCCACGACUUCAGCGACGACUGGAGGAGUAAGUGGGAGUAUGGAGAACAUACCGGAAAACAUGGACAUGAGUUUGCUGGACUUCUGGGGUACUCCCUGGGACCCAAUAACGGCGGCAUGCCUCCCACGGAGGACUUGAUCCUCUUCGACCCGAACUGGACGGCGACGGACGUCGUACACGAGAUAGGGGUCGACGAACUAUGCGAGGAAUGUAUCGGGCGAUGGGACAAUGCGCAGCGCAUGGCGUGGAUGACUGCGUGGAGAGAACUCCCGCGGUAUCUGUCGCUAGAUAGCUGGACGGCGAUCCAUCAACGUGAAAGUCAAGCGUUGUCUGCUGCCACAGCAUAG